AGGCCCCAGCUAGCGUGUGGUCCAAGAAAGGACGGGCGCAUCUCUGCUGUCUCCUCAGCCUGUUCACUGCCUGGCUCCCACUGAGCUUGUGUUCCUCUCGCUUUACUGGGAGACUGGUGGAUGGCUGCUGGGCCAAGAAACACGUCCCCGCGGCUGUUCCGAACGAAGGCCUUUGCACGCCCGGGAGCAGCGAGGUCCCUUCCCGACAAAGGAGAAUCCAAGUUGCUGACGAUUCUGCCAAAAGAUGCAGGCAGGGGGUUAUGUGGAGCUGCUCCUGGUGCUGCUGGGAUUUGAGAUCCACUUCACUGCAGGCUGCCCUGUGGACUGUGUAUGUUACCCGUCACCUAUGACUGUCAGCUGCCAAGCCCACAACUUUGCAUCCAUUCCAGAGGGCAUCCCAGAAAACAGCGAGCGGAUUUUUCUGCAGAACAACCAGAUCACAUUGCUCCUGCGAGGCCACUUCAGCCCAUCCAUGGUCACCUUGUGGAUCUAUUCCAAUAACAUCACCUUCAUAGACCCAGGCACCUUUGAGGGGUUUGCCAAUCUGGAAGAGCUGGAUCUGGGGGAUAAUCGCUAUUUAAGGGCUUUAGCCGCGGAGACCUUCCAAGGGCUGGCGAAGCUCCAUGCCUUGUAUCUGUACAAGUGUGGGCUGAGCUCGUUGCCCAGCGGGAUAUUUGGUGGCCUCCACAACCUGCAGUAUCUUUAUCUACAAGAUAACCAUAUCGAGUUCCUUCAGGACGAUAUUUUUGUUGACCUGGUCAACCUCAGCCAUCUUUUUCUCCAUGGAAACAAGCUGUGGAGCCUUCAUCAGAACACAUUCCGAGGGCUAAUAAACUUGGAUCGGUUACUCAUCCACCAAAACCAACUCCAGUGGGUCCACAGGCGAGCGUUCCAUGACCUCCGAAGACUGACCACCCUCUUCCUGUUCAACAACAGCCUCUCUGAGCUCCAGGGCGAAUGCCUCGCGCACCUGGGGGCCCUAGAGUUCCUCAGGCUGAACGGCAAUCCUUGGAGCUGUGACUGCAAAUCCCGGUCACUCUGGGAUUGGUUGCGCAGGUUCCGAGGCUCAAGCUCCAACGUGAUCUGUGAGUCUCCGGAGCAGAUGCAUGGCAAGGACCUGAAGGGGUUAAAAGCAGAGGACUACAGAGACUGUUCAGGGUCUGAGUCCCUCCACCAGAUCAAAACACACACUUUCUCCACAGCAGACAGAGGAGCCUCCAAAGACCGCUACCCACCCCACUCCUCCAAGGAGAAGAGUAGAGAGAGAGGGGUCGAGCACGGUUUACACAGCAGCCAGCCAGCAGCGCCCCCCGGAUCACGUCAAGGUUACAGAAAGCCCAGCAAGAACUGCACCAGCCACAAAAGCCGCAACCGAACCUCUAAGCCAGCGUUGCUGGGGCCACAGAAAAGCAUUCAUGAGGUUCAGGACUACGUGCCUGACUACCAGCACAAAUUCAGCUUUGGCCUGCUGCCUACAGCACCACCCAAGCGGAAGGGUAAAUGCACCCGGCGGACACCCAUCAGACCCCCCAGUGGAGUACAGCAGGCGGCGGGGAGCUCGAUCCUCAGGGCCUCGCUUCUAGUUUUUAUAAUGGUGUUAGUGGUCAUAAUACGCUGAGCUGGCUGUGUCCGAUAGUGUCUGUGCCACCACCAAUCUACAAAGGACCAGAGUUUCUUUUCUUCUUUUUUCGUACAUGGAGGAUUUGGCCUUGGGAAGGAAAGAAUGUUGUUUAGGCUUUUGAUGGUCUCCAUACCUGGACGAGUGGAUUACAAACAUGAACUAUACACAAUGCACCCAGCAGGGAGUGGAUUAAAGGCAUUAUCACAUGCUUGUCACAAACAGCCCCAACCGAGCACCUACAAAAAGCCAACAUCACGCAAAAGGAGCUAAUCCUUCAUUAAUAACAACCGGACAAACACGGACAGUCGCUGUGCUCUAGGUGAAACCCUGUUCAUUUGAGAGGGCUCCGAAAGACCCUGGGAUUACUGAGGGGAACAUAAUUGCUGUACAAAUGAUCACCAAUUAAGCCUACACCAUGUAUCUGAAACUGUGUGCAAAGACACGUACAAAAUGUAUCAUAAGGACAUUGGUUCUCCCGCAUUUUAGCCCUUUUGGCUCAAAACCCACAGGCCACAGCUGGCCAAAAUCCUCUUGGAAGACAAUCUCAGACCGCUGUAUCUCUCAGGCACAUAGCUGACCAGGGCUUGCCUGCUCGGCUCAGAGUAGCCAACUACCAAAGGAAAGACUUAUUCAAGAGGGACACUCAAAACUCAAGUGACAUGAAAUUCCUUCAGAAGGUGCAUUUUUUGUAACCCUGUUCACAUAUAAAAUAAACAAAUGCACAGGUUCCCUUCCUCUCAAUUAUCCAUAUGUAUGUCUGAUCAUGUUUAUAAGCUAUAUGGAAACUGUAUCUUCAGAUGUAAGGAUUGUAUUGUUGAAUUUAUAGCAGAAGAACAAUGUAUGAUUCUUGCUAGAAAACAAUCGGCAGCAGUGUCUGCAGAGGCAGGGCAGCGCCCCCGCCCGGCUCAGCGUAUGCAGGAGGGAAUCAUAGUGGACCAAUGUUCUUAGCAAUGUAGAGCACUAGAUUUGGGGGAAUUUUUUGUAUGCAAUGCAACAAAGUCGGUAUCUGAAGAGCCAAAACUCACUCUUAUGACCUAAUUUCUGAUCUGUCACAUGCUAGGAAGAAAGGGAGUAAUUCGAAAGCUUCCAGCCCAGCAUGCACAGCUGUAGUGCUCCGUCUCCUCGGAAGCACCAGGAGGUCAGGGUAGAUGUUUCUAGCAAGUGCUCAGCAGUGUUAGCUGUGUGAGGACCUUUAUAGCUGGUCUAAGGUUUUCACUCCAGUGGUAGAGUAGUGCAGGGGCUCCCAAGCCAGCCCUGACAGCCUGGGAAGUGAUGGGGUCGCUAGCGUGGGAGACACAGAAAGGGGCUGGAAAUGAUGAACUGGGAAUCGUACGGAACAGAGUGCCCAGGACUUUCGUCCACGAUAGAAAAACGUACAAGGCAGAUAUACGAAGGGGGUUGUGGAAGAGAGGGCUGGAUGGAGCAGGUCUGCCUGCCCAUCUACCCUCCCCCACGACCCACUGGCAGUCCCCUGUUCAGCUGGAGGGGCGGGGAAGGGGUGUGUGGAGUCGGGUCGUGUGCAGGCUGGCGUCUGGUGGAGAUGGCAGUGUUAUUGACCAGAGAUGAUGUAACACAAGCAGUACACAGUAAUUCCCUAUCAGAGUGGAUAUGUGAGAAGAAAAAAAGCCACUUAAGUUAAUGAAAAGAGGGAAAUAAAAAUUAUCUUGGACAAGCAAACCCUGUUUUUCAUUUCCUAAAAAUACUCCAGCCACAGUGGCAUGUCUGGCCUGGAGCUGAUGUUUGGAGGCAGACAAGAAGGCCUAAGGAAAUGGUUCGAGUUCUCCAGCAUGUAGUCAAGUGCUUGAGCAAGGGUGUGCUGGCUCACUGA